GGUUGGGCGGAAGUUGAGCGAGCAACAGACUCGCAGGCUGUCAUCGGAGCUAUUAGCCGCCUGCCGCCCUAAAAAACAAGUGAAAUUUAUCGAUAAAAGUGUUGACAAGGUGAGGUCAAACUAGCUCGCACGGGAAUAUGGACGAAGACGUGCUGACGACUCUGAAGCUGUUGAUUAUUGGUGAAAGUGGAGUCGGAAAAUCCAGUCUCCUCCUGAGGUUCACAGAUGAUACUUUUGAUCCAGAGCAAACAGCAACAAUAGGUGUGGAUUUCAAAGUGAAGACACUCGCUAUAGAUGGGAACAAAGCAAAGCUCGCCAUAUGGGACACGGCUGGACAGGAGAGGUUUCGAACCCUGACGCCCAGCUACUACCGUGGUGCACAGGGAGUCAUACUUGUUUACGACGUCACAAAGCGCGACACUUUUUCAAAACUUGAAAACUGGCUGAAUGAACUGGAAACCUACACGACACGCAAUGAGAUUGUAAAAAUGCUCGUUGGGAACAAAAUAGAUAAGGACGACCAUGAAGUGGACAGAAAUGAAGGGCUGAAGUUUGCUAGGAAGCACUCAAUGCUUUUUAUUGAGGCUAGUGCAAAGACCAAAGACGGUGUCCAGUGUGCCUUUGAGGAGCUGGUGGAGAAGAUCCUCCAGACUCCAGGUCUUUGGGAGAGUGAAAACCAGAGUCCAAGGGUCCGUCUUGGGGAGCAGGAGCAUGGUGGGGGCCGGGCAUGUGGAGGAUACUGCUCUAUACCCUGAAACUGGACAGAACCAAAGAAACAACAACCUGAUAGGAAACACUAAAGAGCAGGAACAGAACGGGAAAAGAGAGGGAGAGGUGGAAACAGAUGAGUACCUUUUUAAAAAGCUGGAGUAGUUCUGUCUGUCGAGAGGACUUUGCUGUUUGCACACUACCUUUUCAACCAUCAUCUGUCACUACUUUCUAUUGAAAACAUGAAUGAAGCAUCAUGAAGAAAAAGCCUCUUGUCUUAGGAAGUAAAGCGUUUUAAUUGGACAUAACCACGCCAAGUGUUCUUCAAUCGGAUACACGUCUGGUUUGAGUUUAAUUUCCUGGUAACAGUGAUUCUAUUGUACAUUAAGGCAGCAAGUUAAAAGUGUUCUGCCUAUGACAUGUACCAAUUUGGAGGUUAGAGUGCAUAGCUUGUCAAGCAACAUCCAAUAUAAUCAAUAAAGAAGUCCCCUAAACAGUACGUCUAAAAGAUAGUUCCCUGCUAUGCAGCUGCAAAUUUAACGUACUAAAUAUUCUGCAAGACGUAUAUUUCCCAACUUUAUAUCAUAUAUAACACAUUGGUUGGGUGGAGGAUGGAGCUGAAAGAGACCUGUUAUGUAGAUUGUGUUCUUUUAACGUCAUUAUGCACUACAACACUGUGAUUGUGACGAUAAGACAUUUCACUUCAGACCACAGUUACUGUUUUCCAAGUAUUUGUUGAUAGCAGUUUCCAUCAGUUUCCAUGUACAUGUGAACGCUUUCAAGAGAACUGAUUACCUUGUUUUUCAUUACUUUAAAAAAACCUGAGACAAGUUGUCAUAUUUAUCUUUUCUUUUACCAAACUUAUUUUUGGUUUUCAUGUCUGAUCUGGACCAUAUCAGUUACAGGUGCCAGGUUUAAAGUAUGAAGAGCUGUUGUAAUAAAAUGGAGUUGAUUUUUGCCUUUCUGCUCUGCUCUUCAAAACCAUGCAAUUAGUCAAGCUUCACCCUGUACGUUUUUUAAUCCCCCACAUCUUUUAUGAGUUUGUGUGUUCGGUGUGGUCUAUCUUAUUGAAGGCAUUUCUCACCUGAGAACAUUCCUAGUAUUGUUCAUAUUUGUAUUCCUUUUUUCAUUUGUUUGCAAUGUUCCUUUUUCCCUUCUUUAUGUCUGUACCUUUUCCUGUUGCUUUUGCUGUGCAUCUGUUUGAAUCAUAAAAAGCAAUAUGUUACAUUGCCUUAACAUUAAAAGUCAGUCAAUAGGAAUAUGGUCCAGUAACGUGUGUAAGGUUUCAAACUGAAAUAAAUGACAACCUCAACUUGUCA